ACAUAAAAUAUCCGUAGCAAUAACAGCGCAGACGCAUCUUUAGACUCAACUAAGUGGGAUGUAUUUAUCGUGAACUGAUAAAAUAAGCAAAAUGAUAGCGAUUUUCUCAAGUGUGAUAGUUGUGUGUCUUAUUACUUGGGUGUACUUUCGAUGGGUGAACGUGAGACAGUUUUGGAAGAGACGUGGCGUGUCCCAUCUUCCUCCACAUCCAAUAUUAGGAAGCCUCACCUUUUUGCAACGGAAAAAUCCUGCAACAUGGAUGAUAGAAAUGUACCAAAAGUUCAACACGCCCUACGUUGGCAUAUGGCUGUUCUGGAGACCAGCUCUAAUCAUCAAUUCACCGGAAAUAGCAAAGAAUGUACUUGUCAAGGAUUUCGAAUUCUUCCGGGAUAGGUUUCUGAGCUCAGGCAGCUCUGAUCCAGUCGGAGGACUUAACCUAUUCACAACAAACGAUCCCCUAUGGUCGUCUUUACGUCGACGUUUGACAAGCGUCUUCACAUCUUCCAAAUUGAAAGCUAUGCAACCGUUGAUUGACACAAAAACAUUUGAAUUGGUGGAACGAAUUAGAAGCACAGAAAACAAGACUAAAAUCAGUCUCAGAUAUCUAUUCACGGAUUUCACAACGGAUAUAUUUGCAACGGCUGCCUUCGGAAUUAAGACCAACGCAACGCUUACUGGAGAGGAUCCUAUGAGGACCGUUACCAAGGCGUUCAUGGAGUUCGAUAUGUACAGAGGACUCAAUUGGAUCAGCAUUUUCUUCUUCCCCAAGCUUGUUGAUAUUUUCAGGUUUUCCUUUUUUCCAAAAUCGUCGACUGAUUACUUUACACGAGUGUUUAAUAUCGUCUCACAAAAAAGAGCGAGUAAUCGAAAUACUGAAUCUAAAGACUUUUUGGACGUGCUUCUGAAGAUGAAAGAAGAAGGUGCCAAUAACGGUGAAGCAAUAUCUGAUCAUAUAAUUAUAGCUCAAGCAGCUAUCUUCUUGUUCGGAGGUUUUGAAACGUCGGGAUCAAUAUUAAGCUUUGCAACAUAUGAAUUAGCUUUUAAUCAAGAUGUACAGGAAAAAUUAUACAACGAGUUGAAAGAAGUUCAGAUGCAAAGUAAAGAUGGCCGAUUGGAAAUUAUCAAGCUUUCUGAAUUACCUUAUAUUAAUGCUGUUACUAAAGAGACACUUCGGAAGUACGUGCCAAUGGGCUGGUUGGAUAGAGUAGCUGCCUUGGACUAUAAAGUGGACGACAAUUUGACCAUUCCAGCGGGGACCCCGAUCUAUGUGAACGCCAUUGGAAUGCAGCACGAUUCUAAAAUCUAUCCAGAUCCUGAUACCUUCAACCCUGAUAGGUUUUUACCGGAGAAUGAGAAGAACAUAAAACCAUACACAUAUUUGCCAUUUGGAGACGGACCAAGAAGUUGCAUAGGUAAAAGAUUUGGGCAGAUCUCAGUACGUCACGGCAUAGCAAAUUUGAUACUAAACUACAAGUUAGUGCCUCUUCCCGGCGCGCCUAAGCCCAACGAAGUGGAGUUUGAUAAGCGAGGACUCUUUUUAGUACCUGGACAACAUCUUCAUGUAAACUUUGUUUCGAGGAAUCAAGAUUAAAUUUAAAUCUUUA